AAAAAGUAGUCAACAGAAUCUUCUCCUCCUUUACAAAUUCCAUCAUGGCUGCUCAAAAUAUUCCGGGAAUCGACCAAGAACUGAAAAAGGCCUUCCAAGACCUUCAGAUAAAGAUGAUUCAGACGAGGCAACAAAUCAAGGUCUCAGACAUGCAAAAGGAACAGCUGAAGCGACAGAUUGUCCAUUCAAACUUGGUCGAACAAGAACUCACCACUUUACCGGACGACACAAAGACUUAUGAAGGAGUUGGUAGAAUGUUCAUUCUUACCCCAAUGACUCAAGUGAAAGAUAACUUGGUAGAAAAGAAGAAGUCUGCAGAUGAAAAAAUUUCAAAUAUUGAUAGCCACAAAAUCUACCUGGAGAAAAAUAUCAAAGAAAGCGAGGACAAUAUACGUGAAAUGGUUCUUUCGAAACAAAUGGCACGGUCAUAGAUUCACUAAAAUUAUUGUCAUGGACUAGAAAGGAUUUGCUUUGUGAAUUCCUUUGUGGAUUCUUCUUUUGGACAGUGACAGGAUUCAGUUCGGGACACUGACUGGCACCAGCUGGCCUUUCAAUGUCAUAACGCUGUAAUAAAAUGCUCCAAUGCCUGUGCUCCAAUUUGAGGGCUUGGUCCCUCCCAACACUUUUUCAACCCCCUCUUAAGCAUUUUUGUGACUUAAAGACUAAGCCAUACAGGUUUACGGGCAAUGAGUGAAUGGCUGAAAUGAUAUAUAAACAUUGGAAACUCACCUGUACCCGGCUUUAAACCCAUCAGUAAAGUGAACUGUGCAAUUUUUGUGAAACUGCAUGUUUAGACAGCAAUUUAGUACUGCACCUAUUAAUUUCAUUCUUGUCUGGUUAAACCCUUUCUUGUUUUUCUAAAUCAAGAAACAAAUGCAGCAAAUUGAGGCCUACAUAUUUUCAGUUAUGAGAACAGAUUUUUCACCUCAAACUACUCAUGAUUUUGUGUGCAAAUUCCAAUAAGAGUAUUAAAGAAGCCAAAUGAGGUGGUCAACAGUUAAUUUCUAACAUAUCUUUCUUAAAGUCCCAACAUCUCCUGCAUUGUAUAAGAUACCAACAUUAUUGAAUCCAAGCAAGGGAGUUGAAUAAUGUGCUUAAGAGGGAAAAUCUUUGCUACAAUCUUUUGUACAAUUUUUGUUUUGUUUGUAAAGACUAAAAAUAUAGUAAACAAAGUACUACUGAUAUUCAA